AUGGGGUUGCUAGAUCCUUCAAAUCCAUCAUUGGCACGGUUCUUUUCACCAGCAAAGGUGCAGAGCAUCCGCGAGCAGAUGACUGCUGCGGAGGCCACUAAAAAGGAUGAACAGGCCUGUAAGAAGGAUGCCAAGUUGCAACACACUAUUCUUAAGAAGCAGAAGGAGGCAGAUAUCAUGUCACAGUGGAUGAAGUGGAAGGGAGCUCACCAGGCAGCAAAGGAGCAAAAGAGGAUGGAUAAGACUGCGAGAGCCGCUCAACAGCAGAUUGAGAAGGAGCUUAGGGAUGCAAGGAAGGCUCAAGAGCAAAAAGAGAAGGAAGAACAAGCUGCUGCACAGCAGCAUCACAGUUAG